CAUAAGAGGGGGUGACGUUCUCACAAUGAGGCUUUCUCUCAAACCACUAGGGCCAUGCAUAGUGAGCAACAGUAGCAGGGACUUCACAUCCCGGAGCUGCAUCACAGCAUCUCAGCCAGCUACCUUCACCAGGAGGUUCAUGGAGAAGAGAGGUUCUAAGAAUUGGGAAGGCUUGCGCAAAGAGGUUGAGGGUCAGUGGGUGCAUUCGCGGGGGAAUCCCAGACUGGUCAAAUUGGGAAAGAGAUGGAUGGAGUAUCAGGGGAUCAGAAACUGGGAUGGCUUACUCGACCCACUGGACGAUAAACUCCGGUGCGAGAUUCUCCGCUACGGAGACUUUGUCGAUGCUACCUAUAAGGCCUUUGACUUCGACUCCUCUUCUCCUACCUAUGCCACUUGCCUCUUCCCAAAGAACUUCAUUCUCGACGGCGCCGGUUUGCCUAAUACCGGUUAUAGGCCUACCAGGAAUCUCCGCGCGACAUCUGGCAUUCAGCUGCCACGUUGGAUCAAGAAAGCCUCGAGCUGGGUGGCCACCGAGUCUAGCUGGAUUGGGUACGUGGCAGUCUGUCAGGACAAGGAGGAGAUCGCCAGGCUUGGUCGGCGUGACGUGGUAAUUGCGUACAGGGGCACCGCCACUUGCUUGGAGUGGCUGGAGAAUCUACGCGCCACCCUCACUCCUCUCCCUAGUGCUCAUUCCGAUUGUAUGGUGGAGAGAGGAUUCCUCAGCUUGUACACUUCCAGAACAGCCACGUCACCCAGUUUACAAGAUUUGGUCAGAGAAGAGGUCGCCAGUCUUCUUCAAUCCUACGGCGAUGAGCCACUAAGCCUCACAAUUACCGGCCACAGCCUCGGCGCGGCCCUCGCUAUCCUCACGGCCUACGACAUUAAGACCACAUUCAGCCGCGCCCCGCUUGUCACCGUCGUGUCCUUCGGCGGCCCUCGCGUCGGCAACCGCAACUUCCGUUGCCAGCUGGAGAGGCAAGGCACUAAAGUCUUACGCAUAGUAAACUCCGACGAUCUCAUAACCAAAGUCCCCGGCUUCGUGAUCGACGACAAUGGCGUGGCAGGGGAUCACGACGUCCGCGUGUCGGGACUGCCCAGCUGGAUACCAAAGCGCGUGGUUGACACACAAUGGUUGUACGCCGACGUCGGACGAGAAUUGCGGCUCAGGAGCAGGGACUCUCCCUACCUCGGUAGCAUCAAUGUAGCCACGUGUCAUGAUCUCAGGACGUAUCUCCACCUAGUGGACGGCUUUGUGAGCUCCAAGUGUCCAUUCAGGCCCAUGAUAAAGAAAGUCAUCAAAUCCUACGGUGCGCAGAAGAUUAGGGUGUAGAUUCAUACCCAAAAUGUCUAUACACGCAUACAGCAAACUGAAAACUCAUUCCCGCCAAGUACGGGGGGUGCGCAUUGUCAGGGUUGGCCCACAAGGAAGAAAUUCUCGCUCGUAGCUAGCAGCCCAGCGCCAUUCUUUUUAUGUCAACUCGACGGUGAGGCCAUGCAUAGACCACCGGCGCACUUUAGUCGCGUAGGCUUUCCACUUUCCAGUGAAAAAAGGGGGAAGUUGUUCUGUUUGGUAAGGAUGGCGUGUCACGUGCCGACAAACAUAUUGACGAAAUUGCCCUCCAUGCCGACAACAUUUACGCACACUGCCACUGCCCCUGCCCGCCCACAGCCUCACCGACCCGUGUUCGUGGGAGCUACGCCAGCACAUGCCGCAACCUUGCUUCGUCACUCACCUAACCCAGCGCCGUCCAUUCCGAGUCCAACCGGUCGGUUCCCUCGAAAUGACCAAAUUACCCUUCGCCAUCCUUGAUAAUGGAAAUAACAGCAGCAAUAAUAUUACCCACAAGUGGGGUGGACUAUUAGCACUUUGGGGUCAUAUUUGUAAUCAUGAAUUUAUUAUUAUCAUUGCGGCUAUACAAAACUUUACGGGUCAUCCUCG